AUGGGAUUUAACGAUCUGCUUGCUGCUAGAAACAUACUAAAGAGCAGCAUAGAGAAAUCGAGAGAUAUAGCAGUCGCGCUCGACAAAACCGGCUCGAAACUUGAAAAGACGAGCAGCAGCGGUCUGCCGUAUCUACAAGCGGCCAUACACGACGUGGCCAGUAAAUGCUCGAUUUACGAGAUCAAAAGCGAGAUCGACCGAGCCAUUGGGCCAGCUGCCGGUGCCCUGAAGGUCCUUGGCCUGGUGUACGAGCUGCAGGCCUCACUCGAGACGGAUCCACGCGUCGCAGGCUUAUUCGCUUACAUUAAUGACGUCAAACGGCUCCAGGAGGCGCUAAAACUGCUCGUCAAUAAUUGCAGAUUGGCGACGACAUGGCUCGAAGAUGUCGUGCGAAUUCUGGGAAAUCGAGGCACUGCUGAUGGCGAUGAUUUUGGCGACUGGUACCUUGGCCGAUUGUCAACAGUCAUGAAGAAACUGGAGGAACCGCAGGGAAAAGAGUACGGCUCGGUGGUUUUAUCCUCGGCAAUAGACAGACUCGAGCACGAGUACAAAAGUCUCGCGACCGAAAGUAGAUCGAUAGAUCAUUUUCCAUCUCCUGAUGCAAUUCAAGAAUUGCAAGCAAUUAUCCAAAUAUUAGCCGCUAACGGUCGACUGGAUAGGUGCAUAUCCAUUUACACGGAAGCUCGGGUCGAAAAUGCUCGGGCCACUUUACGGGCCCUCAGCAUGGAUAUCCAACUGUAUGAAACUGUAAGCAGUCAAACUGUAGAGAGUUAUAUUGACCUGUGGGAUCAGCACAUGGAGUUUGUGGUGAGGCAUUUGCUGCACAACGAGCACAGGCUGUGCAGUGAGGUGUACCGUGAAGUAAUCGGUUCGGGCCAUGAUGAUGCGUGGAUGAAUUGCUUUGCGAAAAUCGCUAGCCGAUGCGGAUUUAUGGAAAUAUUCGAUUUCGCGAGCAGAAUUUGUGAAAGCAAGAAAGAGGCAAUCAAGCUCCUGAGGCUGCUGAGGAUAUUCUCGACACUCGACAGGCUGAGGCUGGAUUUCAACGACCUGUUUGGCGGGAGAUUUUGCAUCGGGAUACAGAACAAGACGAGGGGUCUCGUCAGGAGAGUGGUUCGAGAGACGUGCGGGACCUUUCGGGGACUCUCGGUGCAAGUGGAGCUGCAGAGGGCGUGGGGCCCGCCGCCAAACGGCAGCACCCCGCGACUCGUUCGUUUUGUUACCGACUACUGCAAUCAUCUUCUAGAAGAGGGAAACAGCUCGAUCCUUGCCCGGGUUCUAGAGAUAAAUCGAGCCUGGAAUAAUAACGAUCAGAUAAUAAAACCCGUAAAUGGGCAGCAGCUUCUUUCUUUUGAAAUUAACAACAUAAUAAAAGCACUCGAGAUCAACCUGGAGACUUGGGCCCGAAGUUACGAGGAUGCAGCACUUUCACACCUGUUUAUGAUGAACAGUCAUUGGUACUUGUUCAAAAGAGCAAGGGGAACCGAGCUCGGAAAAUUAAUGGGAGAUUCUUGGGUGUGGGCCCAUGAGGGGUCCUUGGGGUACCACGCAGUGUCGUACAUGAGAGAGAGUUGGGAGAAGAUUGUCGAGCUUUUGCGUGAAGAUGACCUAACCUUGUUCCCGGGCGGUAGAGCCGUCGAUCGGGAUUUGGUUAAGAAGAGGAUUAGCAUAUUCUGUGAAGCCUUUGACAACAUGUACAGAAAGCAGUCAAAGUGGAUACUGUCGGAUAAAGCCUUGAGGUGGAAAAUUUGUCAGUUAAUAGUCGAGACAAUUGUUCCGCCUUACAAGAGCUAUCUUCAAAGAUUUAUGCCGGCAGGAGGACUAGAAUACGAGAUCGAUGUGGGAGUAAAGCAUAGUGGCGAGAGUUUGGAGAAUCUAAUUGGCACGCUUUUCCAGUUACCAAAGCUCGGCAAGCACAGUAAUAGCAAAUGCACAGAUUUGAUCGUCAUCAACACAAGUGCUGAUCAUGUUAUCGAUCACUUCCCGUCAACCCCUGCUGCCGCGUGUUGA